UAAGUCAUAACCAAACGCCGUCAUUUCCAGGUCGUUGUUGCGUCCUCACUCUCAGAGUUUCUCUGAGCCGUCGCAGCCUCUCUGGCCUCUGCCACUAAACGGACAGAGAGAAAGAGAGUGACUGAUUGAACAGGGAGACAUGGUCGCUUCGCUUCGGUGAUUGUCCGUCAGCAAUCUCACCGUUUUUUGUUUUUCCGUAAGGCCGAGAUCUUAGUCCUCCGACGAACUAGGGUCUAGGCGAGAGAUCUCUUUCUUUCUGCUCUUGAGGUUAGGGUUUUCAUGGCUUCUGAGGAUGUCAAGACUGGCGAAUCUGCUGUCACCAAGAUCGUCAAUCUCGCAGAGGAGGCGAAACUCGCUAGAGAAGGCGUCAAAGCUCCCAGCUAUGCUCUUAUGAGCAUUUGCAAAUCCCUGGUCGCCGGUGGUGUCGCGGGAGGAGUGUCAAGAACAGCAGUUGCACCACUGGAACGAAUGAAAAUUUUGCUACAGGUCCAGAAUCCCCACAAUAUAAAAUAUAGCGGAACAGUUCAAGGACUAAAAUAUAUAUGGAGAACAGAAGGUUUUCGUGGCCUGUUCAAAGGGAAUGGUACUAAUUGUGCUCGAAUUGUCCCUAAUUCUGCAGUGAAGUUCUUUAGCUAUGAGCAAGCUUCCAAAGGAAUACUGUAUAUGUAUCGGCAGCAAACUGGAAAAGAGGAUGCUGAACUGACUCCAGUUCUACGUCUUGGAGCUGGAGCUUGUGCUGGAAUAAUUGCCAUGUCUGCAACUUAUCCAAUGGAUAUGGUUCGAGGCAGGAUUACUGUACAGACACAGAAUUCCCCUUACCAGUACAGAGGAAUGUUCCAUGCUCUUUCAACUGUGCUCAGGGAAGAAGGUCCACGUGCUUUAUACAAGGGCUGGCUUCCUUCUGUCAUUGGAGUUAUUCCUUAUGUGGGUCUCAACUUUGCUGUGUACGAGUCUUUGAAAGACUGGUUAGUUAAAACCAAACCAUUUGGCAUAAGUCAAGAUAAUGAUUUGGGGGUGACAACACGGCUGGCAUGUGGUGCUGUUGCUGGAACUAUUGGACAAACAGUUGCAUAUCCACUUGAUGUCAUUCGUAGAAGAAUGCAGAUGGUGGGUUGGAAUCAUGCUUCUUCUGUUGUUGCUGGUGAUGGAAGAGGAAAGGCUCCUCUUGAAUACAACGGAAUGAUUGAUGCAUUCCGGAAAACUGUUCGUAAUGAGGGAUUUGGAGCAUUAUACAAGGGUUUGGUGCCCAAUUCUGUAAAGGUGGUCCCAUCUAUAGCUAUUGCCUUUGUUACGUAUGAGGUGGUGAAGGACAUUUUAGGAGUGGAGAUCCGAAUAUCUGAGUGAAGGUUUGUUGCCUCAUGAUAUCUGUUCUCCUGGUGUGGUAACUUUUGUAGGCAAGGGGAUGCAGAGAUGGUAAAUUAGGGUUGUUUUCUUCUUCGUUGUCAUCUCUCCAAGGAUGAGUUCAGGGAAGCUCGAGCUAGUGUUUAUAAAUCUAUUCCCUUGUUUCUUUCUUGUAUUUCCUUGUGAACCUUUGGUAGCUUUUAGGAUCUCAUUCAUCUUCUAUGUCAAUAAAUGUUGUGGAGGUUCAAUGCAAGGACAUAUCUGCAGGGCUUUCUACAGGAAUCAAGAAAGCAUUUUUCUUUCUGGAAUUUGCAGUGACUGAAUCCCAGUACCUUUCAAUUACCCCCGCAAAAGAAUGAGUUGUUUGCUUGUUUUAGGUAUAGCUUAGUUUAACACACAAAUAAUGUGAUGCUAUACUUUUACAACCAUUGAAACAUGGAGAAACACUGGUAUUUAUACUGUAAUGUGAUUGGUGAGAUCGUGUUUCAAUUCUUA